AUGGAUGAAUCAUGGGAAAUACAACAAGAAGAAAGGCGACAGUUCGUUGAAACACUUGGUAUCGACUACAGAUAUGGAUGCUAUGAGGCAAAACGACCAGAAUCCUGCCAUUUGUUGGGUGAAUAUAUGGAAGCAAUUGACCAAAAUUUGAAAGGAGCAUUUCAAAUUUUUAAAGUAAAUUGUGAAAAAGAGAAAUAUCCACAUAGUUGCAGGAAAUAUGUUCUUUCAUCUUUUGUAAUGCCAUUUGAUGAUAGAGCGAUUAAUGAUGCUCUAGAAUCUUGCAAACUGGAAGAUGGACGUGCUUGUUGGAUUUUAUCGCAGUGGUUUUUAGGAUUCAUGCAAAAAAUCGCGGUCGCCAAAAAUGUCCCUAAAGCGUUAAAAUACGCGAUCGCUGCCUGUGAUUUAAAUGUUUAUCAAUCAUGUUUUAACGCAUCGAGGUUGUUUUUUUCUUUUGAGAUCUACUUUCUACUGGAGCUCUCUUUUUGUUUCUUUUCUUUAUUAAUAAUACUUUUGGAUUUAAUCUAG